AUGCUGAAAGAAGCCCUUGUCAAUUUCGCUCAUUAUAGCUCGUUCUCGUCAUUUUUUGGCCGGCAGCCCUCUUCCCACAGCAAUAGCAUCCACCGGCAGCAGCAAAUUGAUCCAUGUAUGCUGCUAGCGUCUGCAGAUAGUACCCGUAGCAUAAAUACGCCUCCCCCUCCAUAUGAAAAGAUUGAGAAUGACAUUGACCUUAGCCAUAACACGAAGGAGGAGGGAUGCAACGAUAAUUUGCUGGAUGAUAAGCUCAUUAAGCAAUCUGUUACUCUGCUCCAGCUUGCUCCCGAUGUACCACGCAACAUGGCUUUAGACCUAUACAUGGUGGGUCUCGAAAGAAUGAUCGCUGCAUUGCCAUUGGACACUGAUCCUCAAGCAAAAGCUAUCUUAAGGAAAAAGCUACAAGAUAUCACAAGUCGUUAUCAGCUUGAAACCAGCCCUGGUGGUAGCAAUGAUAGCAAGGAUUAUUCUGACUUGGUGGUGCGAGCUGCUGUUGCCCUAAAAGCAAGCCCUAUUCCAGACUUCAUGCACUGGGUCCUUUCAUCCAUGCUACAAGGGAUUUGUCAUCUGGAUAAGAAGCUAUGUAUUCGACAACAUGUGUGGACCAUGGCAUCGAAAAGCAUCACUAAAAUGAUUGACCUUGAUAAUCAGUAUCACUUGCAUCAUGCUGCUACUCGAUUGGUCUAUACAGGAUUUACCACGAUAUGCAAGGCAUGCGUAGCAUACACCGAAGCCCCUAGUUAUAAUGAAAUCAAAAAGCAUGCAUAA